CCAAUCAGAAGGAUCAGAAGCCAAAUAUGGUCUUUAAGUGCCAGGAGGAUAGCUUUCUGGAUGAGUUUUGCUCCAAAUGCAUAUCCUGUGAACGUGUCAAUAACGGAUAUAACGUAAUUUUUGAAGACACCGUGCUAUUUCCCGAGGGAGGCGGUCAGCCAUCAGAUCAUGGAUGGCUUAACGAGCAUGAAGUAAAAGUUGUUUUCCGGAAAGGAUCUAAAGCAAUCCAUUUCCUCGAAGGUGAAAAGAUACCGUUUCAGGUUGGGGAGCAGGUAACUCAGAAAGUAAACUGGAAUCGCAGGUUCGAUCACAUGCAGCAGCACUCGGGACAACACUUAAUCACGGCAAUAUUUGAACGCGAAUUUGGUUACAAUACUCGUUCUUGGUGGCUUGGCACGGAUCAUUCUUAUGUCGAUUUGGAUGCUAAGGAUGUCUCCAAAGAACAACUAGAAACGGUCGAAACGAUUUGUAAUAAGCUGAUAGUUAAUUGUACAGCAGUUACUGUUAAAAUUUACCAACAGGAUGAUCCGGAUCUUAAGUCCGGUGUUACACGAACCCGUGGUUUGCCCGAUGAUGUUAAUGGUCCUCUACGAGUAGUCACAAUCGAUGGAAUAGAAAGUAAUAUGUGCUGUGGUACCCAUGUAAAAAACCUAGCGCAAUUGCAAGCCAUUAAAUUUCUCCAUGUUGAGAAUAGCAAAAACAAAUGCUUGGUACAUUUCUUAGUUGGUGGACGCGUACUACGUAAACUAACCGAAUGCUACAAGCGGGAAGAGCAAUUCAACAACCUUUUGAAUGGAGGUCCACCUUCGCAUAUAGAUUUGAUUGAAAAACUUAAAAUUUCAUUAAAAACUACACAAAAAACGACUAAAAAGCUAACAGCCGAACUAGCUUUACUGGAAGCAGAGAAAUUCAAUAACCUAGAUCCAGAGCCGCGAUUUUACACUAUCCAUCGUCUAGAUGGAAAUGAUUCUGAUUUCAUCAACAUAUUUACGAGACAUAUCAAAUUAACAGAUUGUUUUCUCUUCUUGACUAACGGGGAUGAGUGUGGUAAAGGACAACUACUAUUGCUUGGAAACCCAAAAGACAUUGAACAGCUUGGAGAAAAUAUUUGCAAACUUCUGGACGGUAAAGGAAAAGGGCAAAAAAUACGAUUUAAUGCUAAAGUUAGCAAUCUGAAGGCAGUUGGUGAAUGUCAGAAAAUUAUCGAACAAUAUUUUAGUCCAAAAUAGUUGAAUUAAACUACUGUUUUGUAGUUGCGCUAUGAAACUGAAAUACAAACCUGAUUUUUAAUAAUAAAUCGACGGAAAAU